AUGCAUUCACAAUUGGCUUCCGAGCCAGAAAUUAUCCCUAAUAUGGAGAAAAUGAAGAGCAAAAUGUCAAGUCCAGGUGACAUGAUGAAAGAUAGAGGUACAAUGCAGGAAGUAGCUGACUGCUGCCAUUGUGCUGUGGAGGAAUUGGACGACCUGUAUCCCUGUACGCCUCUACAAGAGGGGAUGAUGGCUACCACCUUCAAGGAAUCAGCAGCAUAUACCGUUGAAUACACCUAUCAACUGCCAUCUGAUGUUGAAGCAAGGCGUUUUCGUGAAGCUUGGAAGAACGUCGCCCAGGCGAAUCCAAUUCUCCGUACCCGCAUUGUUUCAACAGCGCAGCAUGGUUGUGUCCAGGUUGUUGUUAGGCGCAAUCCACCAUGGCAGAUGCAAAGCCCACAGCAGACUCAACAACACGGAAAUGCUGUCUCCUGGGAAAUGGGGGCACCCCUUGUCCGAUUCACAUUGAAAUCGGACCCCAGUGGCUAUGAAUUCCAGGUAUUGAUCCACCAUGCUCUGUGCGAAGACUGGUCAAUGGCCCUGUUGCUGCAUCAGGUAGAGGCAGCUUACAGAGGUGAACUGUUAACACCGCGCCCAUUCCGACCAUUUAUCGAAUACAUCGGCAUGCAACGUCCAAAGGCAGAUGAGUAUUGGACCGAAAUGUUCAAGUCUGCCGAUCAGAGCGAGAUGAAGACAUUUCCAUGCCUGCCCAGACCGGGCUAUCAACCUCGACCUGCAACGACUAUGUAUCACACCAUGGCUCUAGCCCCAGGCCACGACACUAGCUUCAGUCUAAACACCAAGAUGCGACUGUCAUGGGCCAUACUGCAGUCGCUUCAUACAGGGACAGUCGACACGUUGUUUGGUUCCAUUGAUUCAGGGCGCGGAAUGGCAGUCCCAGGGAUCGAAAGCGUCAGCGGACCAACACUGGCCUGCAUUCCUGUCCAAAUUGUCUUGAAUCCCGAUGACCGUGUAGUCGAUGCUUUAAAAGCCGUGCGGGCGCAAUGGCUGAGAGAAAUGGAAUUUGGACAAAUUGGGUUGCAAAAUCUACUUCAUUUGGGCCCAGGACCAGCAGCGGCAUGUAAAUUCCUAACGCUGCUGGCGGUCGAACCCCGUGAGAAGCACAGUGCGCCACGUAUGUUUGCUACCAAAAGGGAGGUACAAAAGGUGUACGAUACCUAUCCAUUCAUCCUGCGCUGCCGGGACUCAUCACAGGGUGUUACAAUAGAGGCACACUUUGAUCCGGUUGUGAUUACGGAUCGACAAACCGAACGGGUCUUUCAACAACUGGAAAACAUCUAUCAACAGGUCAAUAAAGCGCCUGAAACCACGCUCCGAGAAAUCAAUAUUUUGAGUUCACAAGAUGAAUCCAACCUGAUAGAGCUAAAUCUGCCGAUUCCUCCCCCAGCUUCGCAGACCCUGCAUGACCUCAUCCACGAUCGUGUUGAGAUGUGGCCGGAGGCCCCAGCCAUUUCGAGUUGGGAUGGAGAUAUGACAUAUAAGGCUCUUGACGAUAUGUCGUCAGCAAUAGCAGCCCAGCUUGUCACGCGAGGAAUACGACCGAGAACUCACGUAGCCGUUUGUGUUGAGAAAGGCAAAUGGAUGCCAAUCGCUAUGCUGAGUGUAAUGAAGGCCGGUGCGGCUUUUGUUCUGCUUGAUCCAUCACAUCCACCUGCAAGACUGAAACAAAUAUGGAGACAACUCGAUGCUCAAUUUAUCAUUACGUCGAAGGCCCAUUCAGAGCGUGUGUCGGAGUUGCCGGGCCAGGCGUUUCACAUUGAUACUGAAACGCGGAAAUUUACUCCCGUACCCGGCAUGGAUUUGCCACUGGUGAUGCCUGUAGAUCCUGUUUACGUCACUUUUACAUCUGGGUCAACAGGAACUCCGAAGGGUGCAAUUUCCCACCAUGACGGGUUCGCGUCGAGUGCAUUAGCUCACGGAAGGUUGUACGGAUUCACGCAAGAGUCACGCGUUCUUCAAUUUGCAUCUCCGGCAUUCGACUCAUGUAUUAUUGAGCAGCUCACCACAUUGAUCUUUGGUGGAUGCGUGUGCAUUCCCACGGCUAGUGACUGUCACAGCUCGCUUUCCAACGCGAUCAACACAUUUGGCGUGAACGUGGCCUGCCUCACACCAACUGUCGCUCGAAUCCUAUCGCCUGAGUCCUUGCCGACUCUACGGUCACUUAUCUUUGUCGGCGAGGCGGUUAUAGCGGCUGACGUCAAACAGUGGCAACAGUUUGUCAAUGUUCGAAACGCCUAUGGACCGGCUGAAUGCUCGGCCGUCUUCAGCGUGCAGCCCAAUUUACAGUCUUGUGAUGCUUCGAAUAUUGGUUUCUCCACAGGCUGUGUUGGAUGGAUCGUACACCCGGACGAUCACGAAAUCUUGAUGCCUGUCGGUUGCAUAGGAGAGUUAGUGAUUGAAGGCCCAACUGUCAGUCGAGGUUACUUGCGGAAUCCCAAACAAACCGCUGAAGCCUUUAUCACUGUUCCAUCCUGGCGCCAACGUCUUGGCGGGAAUGGCGGAAUAAUGUACAAGACAGGCGACCUCGUACAGUAUGCUAAGAAUGACGAUGGGAGCAUCUGCUAUUUAGGGCGUAAAGGCACCCAAGUCAAGUUCCACGGUCAGCGCAUUGAAAUGGCAGACAUCGAGUAUCAUUUGCGCUCCGCAUUUCCAGAUUCCCAACAGGUUGUCGCAGAGAUGCUGCCGACGAAGGAGCCGCUUCUAGUUGCCUUCAUAUACUUGCCCGACAACAGUUCCCCAUCAUCAGGCAACAAAGGAAAAGUUUUCUACAAUGAGCCCAGCAACGAUUUCCGACUGCAAUCCUCAGCCGCUCAGGAUAGACUGGCAAACUCACUGCCUUCUUUUAUGAUCCCAAGGCUGUUUCUGCCGGUGGCACACAUUCCACUCACUGCUUCCAGCAAGACCGACCGUCGAGCUUUAAGAGAACAUGCAGCCUCGCUAUCUUGGAACGAGCUUCAAGAUUAUCGGGCGUCUAGCGGGACACCGCAUCGGGGAUCCACGCCCAAUGAGGCAGUGCUACAGAAUAUUUGGGCCCAAAUUCUGAACCGAAAGCCGGAGGAGAUGGGCGUGAAUGAGAAUUUCUUCCGCCUGGGAGGAGAUUCUGUUAGUGCGAUGCAGAUAAGCGCAAGCUGCCAAUCUGCUGGAUUCAAACUCACUGUUGCCAAUAUCAUGGAGUUUCCAACAAUUGCUGAGCUUUCGGAGAUAAUGCAAGUGUGCAGCAAUCAAUCGGCGAUAUCACUUCAGCCGGGCACUGAUGAGGAGCAGUCGGGGGAAUGGUUUGACCUAUCCCCAAUCCAGCAACUAUUCUUCGAAAAAAUGCCCGAAGGACAUAAUGGCUUUACACAGCAGUUCAUGUUGCGACUGUCGGAGUCGAUCAAUGCGUCCAAGAUUCAACAAGCGAUGGAGCUGGUGGUUCGGGAGCAUUCCAUGCUACGAGCAUGCUUCAAGCGCUCCUCCGAUGGCAGAUGGAGGCAAUCCAUUCGAAAAGCCACCGAAGAGACUUUCAUGUUUAGGCAUCACCCAAUACCGAGUCCUGAGUCGCAUGCCUUGCGGGCCAUACUUGGAGAAAGCCAACGUGCAAUGGACAUUCAAAGUGGGAGAGUUCUGGCCGUCGAUCUCAUAAUCACACCCAAGGAACAGUAUUUAUCAGUCAUGGCACACCAUCUGGUCAUCGAUCUGGUGUCUUGGCGUGUGUUGUUGCAGGAUCUAGAAGAUGUUUUGACCACUGGUUCUAUCGGGGGCCUCCCUUCCCUGCCUUUCCUGCAAUGGUGCCGCAUGCAAAAACUGUACAGCAAAGAAUGCCUUGACCCUAGUACCUCAAUCCCAACCGACAUUCCCAGCCCUCCUUCGGAGUACUGGGGGACUUCAGUAAGCACAAAACCUAACACUUGGGGUGAAACCAACCACGAGUCGAUUUCCAUUUCAGAGGAUGCCACCCGUGCAAUUUUGAGCUCCUGUAACGAUGCGUUCCACACACGUCCAGUUGAAAUCAUUCAUGCCGCGAUCAUACGCGCAUUUUCGGACGUCUUUGAUAAUCGGGUUGCGCCGACUGUAUUCAGUGAAGGCCAUGGACGAGAGCCUUGGGAUUCAGAGAUUGAUAUAUCUCGGACGAUCGGCUGGUAUACAACUAUGGUCCCUUUCUUUGUUGAUGCAAACCGCGGCCAACCCGUCGCCGAUCUUCUAGUGCAAGUGAAGGAGCGCCGACGUUCGAUGCCUAGCAAUGGGUGGGAGUAUUUCGCUUCCCGCUAUCAUCACGAAGAUGGAUCCAAAUAUUGCCAGAGCCAUGAGCCCAUGGAAAUCCUCUUCAACUACACCGGCCUCUUCCAGCAGCUAGAGAGGUCUGAUGCGCUACUACAAUUGGCCACCUUACCUGAUCAUGAUCUAGUCCCCAUUCCGGCCGAUUUGUCCCGGUUCGCACUGAUUGAUAUCUCCGCGACGGUCAUGGAAGGUCGUCUGCUCAUCUCGUUCUGGUACAACAAACACAUGGAGCAUGCUGAGAAAUUAAAUCAAUGGAUUCACGAAUGCACGAAAGUGCUUGAGAAAUUACCAGCAACCUUGCAGCAGACUGGACACUUCACCCUGUCUGACUUCCCUUUGUUGUCGAUCAAGGAGGAAGCAGACCUGCAGCGAUUGAUUGGUCACAUCAACAAUACUUGCAAGUUUCCCCAGAGCAACAUCGAAGAUAUUUAUCAAUUAUCGCCCAUUCAACUAGGAAUGUGGCUGAGUCAACUGAAAAGCCCCGAUAUGUAUUGGUCGCAUAUGGAAUGGUUCAUUCGCCCUUCCUCGGCUCUUGUGGCCAUAGACCUCACGAAGUGCCGGAGCGCAUGGCAGAGCGUGGUUGAUCGUCAUCCUAUUCUGCGCACUGUCUUUACAGAGAGUCUGGAUGGCAGUGGGCAGCCAGUUCAAGUUGUCUUGCGGAAAGUCACCGCAGCUAUUCACACUGAAAACGCCACAGAUUUUGAGAAAGAUGUGACUUCGUCGAAUGCCGAAGAAGAAUGGAUAGGAAAAGCCCCUCACAGAAUUUUCCUCCAAAUUCAGCCCGAUGGCAGUGUUCUUUGUAAAUUGAGUAUCCACCACAUGCUAGUGGAUGGUGCUACUCGCACCCUGAUCCUAUCUGACUUUCGUGAAGCGUAUGAUGAUCGUCUGACCGACAAACCGGGUUCUCCUUACAGCUCCUUCCUAACCUACCUGCGAGAAAAAGACAGCUCGGGGUCAUUGAAAUAUUGGAGGCAGUAUUUGCAAGGCGCCCACCCGUGCACUUUUCCCUCGCUGGAGUCCGUUGAUAUUGGGCAAGAGACGCUGCAUUCGGUUCCAUUGCGGUUUCCCUUCAGUCAGAGCCUACAGAAAUUCUGUCAGCAGCGGGGAAUCACCGUUUCCAAUCUCUUUCAAAUUGCAUGGGGCCUAGUCCUGCGUGCUUACACCGGCUCUGAUGCCGUAUGCUUUGGCUUCCUGGCGUCCGGGCGAGAUAUUGCAUUACAAGAUGCGCAUUGCAUUGCGGGGCCUAUGAUGAACCUUCUGAUCUGUCGCCUUACCCUCAAUGAAGAUGCAAAAAUCAAGUCAAUUCUUGUAGAAAACCAAAGCGCAUAUGCCCGCAGCUUGGGAAAUCAGCAUUUUGGGUUAGCAGACGUUGUUCAUUCGCUGGGUUUGUCAGACCAGCCUCUGUUUAAUACAGCGAUGUCGUUGCAAUGGGAGAAGUAUGAUCCUGAAGCAACAAAAGGUCAUGGCACCAAGCUUGAUUUUGUCGGUGGACGCGACCAUACAGAGUAUCCCCUCACCGUCAAUUUGGCGAUUGGUAGCCAGGACAUUCAUGGCGACCUAACUUACAGGAGAGAUACCCUCUCUGAUAUCCAAGCUGAGUUUGUUGCGGAUGCAUUCCAGCAUGCAGCGGUGCAAAUAUUGGACCCGGAGAACAGCUACAUCUCCGAUAUUGAACUGCUUGGACCAACCAACCGGGCACAUCUUUUGGAUCUAAAUGGAGAAAUUCCGCCACCGGUACUGUCCUGUAUACAAGCCAAAGUUCACGAAAAUGCGCGGAAUGAGCCAAGUGCAAAUUCAGUAGAGGCUUGGGACGGAAGCUUUACUUACCAAGAGCUUGUCACGUUAUCAUCGUGCCUUGCUCACUCCCUAGUUCAACACGGGGUUGGUCCGGAGAUAUUCGUGCCGAUAUGUUGCGACAAGAGUAGGUGGGCUGUCGUCGCCAUACUUGCAGUGUUGAAAGCAGGCGGUGCUUUUAUUCUUUUGGACCCUUCGCACCCGUUGGAUCGCUUGCAGGACAUGUUGCAAGGGGACUUCGAUUGUCCUUUGAUUCUGACAUGCUCCUCUCGCGCCGAUAAAGCAUUGGGUCUUGUGUCUAGCGCAAUUGUUGUGGACGAUAAGCAGCAAUGGUAUACCGAAAGUCAUAGCGUUGGAUCUACGGCUGAAACAUCACCCACAUCUGCGGCAUAUGCAAUCUUCACGUCCGGGUCCACUGGAAAGCCGAAGGCCAGCAUCAUCGAACACCAGUCAUUUUUGUCCGCCGCCGAAGCGCACCGCAAAGUGCUUCGCUUGGGACCUGGUUCCAGAGUCCUUCAGUUUGCUUCAUACGCAUUUGAUGCCAGCAUCGUCGAGAUCCUUUCAACUUUACUCGUCGGAGGUUGUGUAUGCAUCCCUUCCGACUCUGAUCGUCAAAGUCGCCUGCAGGAUACCAUGCAUGAGCUUUUGGUGAAUUGGACGCUUCUGACACCAUCUGUGGCCCGACUUCUGAAUCCUCAAGAUCUUCCUUGUCUCAAAAUAUUAGUCCUUGGUGGUGAGGGUAUGAGUCAUGACGAUGUGCGCCGUUGGUCCCCCCAUGUUCAGCUCAUGAAUGCGUAUGGCCCAUCUGAAUGUUCAGUGAUUGCAACUGCGCAACCAUCCUCGCGGGCUUUGGCCGUUAACCCAGCCAAUAUCGGGCAACCUGUUGGGGGUGUUGCUUGGGUAGUUCAUCCAAGUAAUCCCAAUCUCAGAGCUCCAAUCGGGGCUCUUGGAGAGCUUCUAAUUGAAGGUCCCAUUGUUGGUCGAGGAUAUCGCAACCGUCCACUGCUCACGAAAUGUGCAAAACCAGAGACACCAGCCUGGCUAGAAAAUAUCCGAGGAACUGCAGACUGCUCCUUGUAUAGAACAGGCGAUCUCGUACGCUAUCUACCCGAUGGAUCCAUGCAUUACCUUGGUCGGAAGGAUCGCCAGGUGAAGUUGAACGGCCAGCGGCUCGAGCUGCACGAAGUCGAAUACAACGUACAGCGAUGUUUCCCAGGAAGGCCGGAAGUUUUUGCUAGCAUGGUAAAGCCCGAAGACGAGGGGAGUACCUACCUGGUGGCCUCUGUUCAUCAACCCUCGUUCUCCGUUAUCGCACCCGAUUUCGCCGCCACAGUGCAGCAGGUGAAAUCCCAGCUGGAGGCAGAGGUCCCUGCUUUCCUCAUACCGACAGCAAUGAUUCCACUUCUUGAAGUACCGCGGAUGCCAAAUGGAAAGGUCGACCUUAACAAGAUCUGUGCAAAUGCAGGAAGUUCCCUAAGAUCCCAAAGCUUUGCAUCGGUUGACAAAGCAAAAUUCGUCCCCGAUGCGGAACUAAGCCAGGCUGAAUGCUGUAUUCGACUCCUAUGGAGCAAAGUUCUCCGACACCCCGCAACAGCUAUCGGGCCAAGUGAUCAUUUCUUCCGCCUCGGGGGGGAUUCGGUGGGAGUCAUGAAGGUAGCGUCGUGCGCAGGCGCUGAGGGUCUGAAACUCACGGCAGGGGACAUCUUUUUGCAUCCCGUCCUGCGUGAUCUCGCCCAGGUCUAUAUUCAGAGUCUGUCAAAAACAGAAGCCGAGCCCUUGGAACCAUUCAGCCUUCUCCAGCCCCAUCAUCAGAUUGAGGCUCGGAACGUAGCCAGCCUUCAAUGCGAUAUCCCAACUACCGAAAUCGAAGACAUAUUCCCUUGCACCCCAUUGCAAGCUGGCCUUGUAGCUCUGGCUGCCGAGAAAGCUGGUGCCUAUGUCGCGCAGCACCGUUAUCGACUCCCCGAGGGCAUUGACCUUGAUCGAUUGCAGCACACCUGGGAAAGAACAUCGGCCGUCCAUCCUAUCCUUCGAACUAGAAUUGUGGAACUGCCUGAUCUUGGAUGCCUGCAAGUUGUGCUCCAAAAUCCUGACUUGGGCUGGAGAGUCACCGAAAAUGAACCAGAGGCGCUAUUGGAGUCGGAAGCUAUAUUUGGCAAACCAUUGGUUCGUGUGAAUGUUCUCCGUCACAAGCCGGACAUCCAGGGUUUCGACCAAUAUACAUUGGUUUUGAUGAUGCAUCAUGCGCUAUAUGACGCAUGGACCCUGCCUCAACUCAUCGAGUAUGUUCGCGUCGCCUACAAAGAUCCAAAGCAUGAGCUCAAGGAGCCCGCUCCAUUUCAAAGAUUUGUGAAAUACACAAGCUCUCAUUCCACACCUGCCCUCCAAGCUUGGCGUGAGCAACUGAAAGACAUCUCAGCAACACCAUUCCCCACUUUGCCAACCCCAUCCUAUCGGCCCAAGGCACUAGCACAAAAAUACAUGUCAGUAAUUACCGGCCCAUUUUCAGAGCAUUCAGUUACCAAAAGCACUGCCAUUGCAUUCUCCUGGGCUAUUGUGCAGUCACAGUAUCAGAGCGUCGAUGAUGUCAUUUUUGGAGUUGUGUCCACAGGUCGUCAAGCUCCAGUGCUAGGGAUUGAAACAAUGACUGGUCCGACCAUUGCAACCGCACCAUUGCGGGUUACGCUGAGUUCCGAUGAUACAGUAAUUCAGGGACUGGAAACACUCCAAGCUCGGAUGGCCCAGAUGGUUUCGCUUGAGCAGGCCGGCUUAUCACAGAUCUCCAAACUGGGGCCUGAUGGUAAACUAGCUUGUUCUUUCCAGACUCUGUUAAACAUCGAGUCACCAUCUGGCAAAGUUCAUGAAGAGGACGAAAGUCUCAUGCAGCAUAUCGACACCGCUGCUGGGGAGGGUGCUUUUAGUACAUAUGCGCUCCAGCUAACAUGUACUAUGGAUUCGGAUAUGGUUGAUGUUGAAGCUUUGUUUGACCAGAAUGUGGUGCCACCUUGGCAAAUGCAACGCAUAUUGGACCAAUUCAGUCACAUUCUGCAGUAUGUCUGUCGCGUUCCCGAUUGUUUGGUGGAGGACAUCCCAGUUCUCAACGAUCAUGAUCGUCGCCAACUCCAGGAGUGGAACACCCCAGCCAGUCUUCAGAUGCCUGUCACUGUUACAGAGAUGAUUUCUCAACAUUUCACUACCCAACCGUUAGCUCCCGCUGUGACAGGAUGGGAUGGAACUUGGAAUUACCAGGAGCUAGAGCAGAUUGCUGGCAAACUAGUCACGGUUCUAGAUCGACACGACAUUGGAUCGGAGAGCUUAGUUCCCAUCUACAUGGAGCGCUCGACAUGGACGAUAGUUGCCAUUCUCGGUGUGAUCCAGACCGGAGCUGCUUUUGUUCUCCUGGAUACAUCUACUCCCAUCUCUCGUCUUCAGACUAUCUGUGAGGAAAUUCAAGCUUCCUUUAUCUUGACUGGGCGAGAGACUGCCACUACUGGCAAGCAACUAGCACCGACCGCUAUUCUUGUUUCUGCGGAUACUCUCACACCGGAGCAAUCGACGGACUGCAGCGAGAGGCAUAUUUUCCCAGAUCAACCUCUCUAUACUGUCUUCACCUCUGGUUCAACUGGUCAACCAAAGGGCGUCGUAAUCGAGCAUGGCGCAUUCGUCACUAUGGCGCUAGCAUGUGCGCGUCGGAUCGAUUUGAGAUACGAUUCCCGCCUGCUCCAGGUGGCAUCUUACGCCUUCGACGUCAGCAUUGGGGAGAUCCUCGGUGUUCUCAUUACCGGAGGAUGUCUGUGCGUUUUGUCCGAUUCCGAACGCCAGGAAGGCCUUCCCCAAGCGGUGUCCAAGAUGAAACCAUCGCAUGCCAUCUUCACGCCUACAUUGCUUCGAGUAUGGACUCCGCCCGACCUUCAAGGUAUUGGAACUAUUGUCAUCACAGGCGAGGCCGCACGACAGAGUGACAUUCAGCAGUGGGCACACAAGGUUCACUUGAUCAAUAACUAUGGCCCUGCUGAGUGUACUGUAUUUUCCACUUCUCAAGGCCCUCUUCGUCCAGAUUCUGCGGUCACAAACAUCGGAUAUCCACUCGCAGGAUGUGCUUGGGUUGCGCAUCGGCAAGAUCCUAACAGGCCAAUACCACUUGGAGCUGUCGGCGAACUACUCUUGCAAGGUCCGCUAGUCGGUCGUGGGUACCUUAACAAUCCCGAUCAAACAGCGGCCGCGUUCGUCCCUUGUCCACAGUGGGUGGAAGAGAUCGUUCCCGGCAGUGACGAUUCUACCUUCCAUCGGGUCUACCGCACAGGUGACCUGGCCAAAUUUGAAGCAGAUGGUUCUUUGGUUUACCUUGGACGCAGAGACCAUCAAGUCAAGCUGCGCGGUCAACGUUUCGAGCUGAGCGAGGUCGAGGACAACAUCCAACACUACUUCCCCGGAACACUCCGAGAUGUGGUCGCGGAAAUCGUGACGCCUGCUGGAAGAACCACAGCCCCUUGCCUAGUCGCAUUCUUGCUCCUCGAUCAAUUUAAAAAUGAACAGCGCGCACAGAAUGCGCCUUUAACGCCGCUGGCGUUGGACAUAGCAGUGCCGCCGAAUUUCGAGGCAAAUAUCUCCACUCUCAAAGAAAAACAACGGGAGACACUGCCUGAUUAUAUGGUCCCUUCCGCCUUUGUCCCACUGGCUCAGAUGCCGCGCACCAUUGGUGGGAAAGUCGAUCGACGUCGCCUGCGAGACACGACGAUGCAAGUAUCUCGACUAGAACUGGAGUCUUUUGCACCAGCUACCACCACAAAAGAAGCAAUGGUAUCGGAAGAUCAGAGGUUACUCCAGGCUAUUUGGUCCAGGGCUUUGAGAAUUACAGCAUCAGACAUUGGAGCAGACGACAGCUUUUUCAGACUGGGCGGCGACUCGAUAUCCGCCUUGCAGGCCACAUCGCAGGCUCGAGCCAAGGGAAUGUCGCACGCUGUGGCAGAUCUCUUCCGGUUGAAGACAAUCCGCAAGAUUGCGCUGGAGUUCCCGACAUCACCAGUUGCUGCUCCAGUCCCGCCUCUGUCGGAUAAAGUGGCUAGUCGGACAUCGGACAUCAAUGGGGUAGUCCACCCAUGUACGCCGGCCCAGAGAGCCAUUCUUUUAAGCCAGGUACAAGACCAGAGCAGCUAUGCACCGCAGUUCUUGUGGCAUGUAUCAGCACGCAAGUUCGAUGUGGACGUUCAUCAGCUGGCGAACGCAUGGCAGAAGGUCGUUCAUCGACAUCCAGCACUGCGAGUGACCUUCCAUCCGGACGAAUCACAUCAGGAUUACUUUCAACAGGUCGUUAGGGACGCUAUAGAAGCCCCAGUGUCGAUAGUUCCCGAAUUGACGGAUAUUCCCCCGGAUAUGCCCGGCCCCAUCACAACCUUGGGACAGAUCCCACAUUAUCUCACUAUCUACCGAACCGCUGCUAAUGAUGUUAUUUGCUGCCUCGAUAUCAACCAUGCAGUGAUCGAUGCGACCUCUAUCUCAAUUGUGGAGAAUGAUCUGCGCCGCGCCUACCACUUCGAACAUCUCAAUCCACAUGGUGAGGCGUACGAGCGUUAUUUGAACCUGGCUCUGCAAGAUCAACCCGAGGCCGCUCAGGAAUACUUUGCGUCCUAUCUGGCAGACCUUCCAUCGCCAACUCUUCUCCCUCGGCCAUGUUCCACGGCAGGCAAUCAAGAUCUAAACGGCCCCCAAGAUACAAUGAACCAGAUCGAUAUGAAUUUGUCGUGUGCUGGAUCAGAGAUCGAGACGUUCUGCCGCUGGACGGACUGGACGCUACCUAACGUCUUGUAUUUCGCAUGGGCAUUGACCCUAUCCUCUUUCACAGGUACCCAAGACGUAUGUUUCGGCUCUCUCACAAGCGGCCGCCAUUUAGCAGUGCCCCAUCUUGCGGAUGCAGUCGGCCAAUUUUCUAACAUGUCUGUAUGUCGGAUUCGUCUUAUUCCGAAUGGCGGGCUUGAUGAAGCCGCAUUAGAUCUCCAAGAGCACUAUGGCCAUGUUCUCACCCAUCAGACCUUCCCGCUCGUGUCAAUUGCCCGUUCAGCAGGGGUAACUGUGGAUGAGAUAGCCUUGACAGCCGUCAAUGUCCAAUACGUCAACUCUUCUACGUCCCAAGAUGAUUUCCAAGAUUGGCUUGAUUUGAAACCCCUCAGCGGACGAGAUCCUACUAUACAAGAUGUCAUGCUAUAUGUGUUGGUGGAGGAGACAGGAAACCUGCGCGUGUGCAUGUCGCAUCGUUCAUCGCACAUCUCGUCUGAACUCGCGACACAGCUGGCGCAGUAUUUCGAUUUGGCUGUUUCUGCUGUUUUGCAGAAGGAGCACGGUCUCGUAAGAGACCUGCAAAUUUUCAGCGCCGCUGACGAGCUACUUCUUCGCUCUUGGAACACCCCGCUGCGCAGCCUAGAGCCCGUAUGCAUUCAUCAAGUUAUUAACCGACGUGCAUUGGAGCAAUCAGCCAUGGUCGCUGUCAGCGGUUGGGAUGGUGAAUUUACUUACAAGGAAUUGGAGCAAGAGGCUUCCAGGACUGCUGCGGCCCUCAUUGCUAAGGGAUGCAAAUCGGGAGACCAUAUCCCUGUUUGCUUUGAGAAAUCCCGCUGGGCAAUAGUCGCUAUCUUAGCGGUUAUGAAGGCUGGGGCCACCUUUGUACCUCUUGAUCCGACUCACCCCUUGGCCAGGCUACAAGAAAUUUGCCGUCGAGUUCAAGCAAAUCUCAUCAUUUCUUCAGCUAAUAAGGAAGCACUGAGCUAUAAAUUGGCCGUCGAUGUUCUUGUCGUCAAGGAUGUGCGCCAUGAGGGAGAUGAGGCGGUUCCUGCCAUCAAUCACACUGUGGACCCUGAGCAGGCCGCAUACAUUCUGUUUACCUCCGGCAGUACUGGAGUUCCCAAGGGUGUACUCAUUUCUCAUUCAGCAUAUACCUAUGCUGCGAGUGCACACAUCCACGCACUCUCGCUGGAUUCCGAAUCUUGCGUAUUGCAGUUCUCGUCUUACUCAUUUGACGUGGCGAUAAUGGAGAUUUUGACAACUUUGAUCGCAGGCGGUACGAUCUGUAUCAUUUCGGAUGAUGAGCGGAGUCAGAUGCUGCUUGCAGGUGUCUGCCCUAGGCAGGUGACGCACGCUUUCUUGACGCCGUCUCUCAUCAGUGCAUUGGAUCCGGCUCGUGCCUCAUGGGUGCAAAUCAUUGCCCUGAUAGGUGAACCAGUUUAUCCCGGCCAUGUUGGUCAGUGGUAUGGUGCCUGUCGCUUGAUAAAUGCAUACGGGCCGACCGAGGGCUCUGUAAUCAACACCACGCGCCCUGAGCUGUCCCCAGAAUCAGAUACCGUCAACAUCGGAUGGCCACUGGAUGUUCAUUGCUGGGUGGUUAAUCCGCAUGAUCAUGAUAAGCUCCUACCUCUUGGGGCCAUCGGAGAACUGAUGCUCUGCGGUCCGACCAUUGCUCACGGGUAUCUCAAUCAAGAAGAAAAAACCAAGCAAAAUUUCCCAGAGGCCCCGCAAUGGGUAAGCCGGUUCUUCUCUGAUGUGCCUACUUGCUGGAGAUUUUACAAGACGGGAGAUCUCGUUCGCUACGAUACCAAGGAUGGCUCUCUCCGGUUUGAGGGGCGAAAAGACGAGCAGGUCAAAGUCAGAGGACAGCGGAUCGAGCUUGGAGAUAUCGAGUAUCACGCACAACGCUGUUUCCCUGGAGCUCGGGAGGUUAUCGUCGAUCAAGUCACGUUACGAGAGACGAAACACUCGGUUUCUCCAGGCCAUCAGAAAAUACCACGACUGGUUGCAUGGGUUUGUCUGGGAUCAGAUGGUCCCGACGCCACUUCAAACGUUGGUGCAGAGAAAGACGCCAUGGAGACCUUUUUGAGGUCGCCUGACCGAGCUUUCCAUAUAGCUGCCGCCACAGCCCUAGCGGAUCUGCGAAACGCCCUCCCUAGCUAUAUGGUUCCAUACAUGUUCCUGCCAGUUAGAGAGUUACCUCUCAUGAAGUCUGGAAAGACUGACCGAAAACAACUGAAACAGGCUACCUCGGCCAUUGAUGUUGAGGAGUUCGGUGGAUUCACAGGCGAAGCAGUCGACAAGCAACCAGCCGAAACCAAAACAGAGGCUAAACUGCAUUCGAUUCUUGUUGACUUACUGGAGCUCGAAUCGGAGGUGGUUGGCGUAGAAGACAGCUUUUUCCACCUUGGAGGUGAUUCGAUCCUGGCCAUGAAGCUCGCGGCCCAUGCGCGGGAGCAAGGUCUCAAACUCAGCUCCCAUGACAUCCUCCGCCACCCGACCAUCCGGCAUUGGGCCCAGAUUGUUGAUAGUGCCGAUGAGAAAUCUCCAUCCAGAUCUCAACAGUACACGCCGUUCUCAUUGAUCAAAGACAGCGAUCGUCAAGCGAUUCUUUCGACGCCUUUGAAGAAUGGCGUUGUUGAGGACAUUAUUCCCGCCCUCGAAGUGCAGGUGUAUUAUAUCCGGAACUCAUCUCCUGUGUCCUUUGCCAAUGUGUUUUCAGAACGUCUCGAUUUCUCUCGUCUGCAAGAAGCUUGCUUGAAGGCAGUGCAUGAAUACAGCAAUUUGCGCUCCAUGUUUGUCACCAUCAAGGACCAGAUGUUCCAGGUGGUUCUCCAAGAUUCCAAACCUAUCUUUGAGUUCGUGGAAGACGACGACCCGGAAGCUUAUAUGGGCCGUCUAUCGCGCAAGAAGCAGGUCCCUGCCACCGUGCAGGGAGAAAUGCCUGUUCGUUUCACGAUCGUUACCGCGCCCGGACGACCCCAGUGGGUAUUCAUCGUUCAACUUUCGCAUGCCCAGUAUGAUGGGGGUUGUCUGGGAAUCCUCUGGGAGGCUAUCGGAGCUGCUUACUCGGGCUGCACGUUGCCACCCGUCACAGACUUCCGGCAUCUGGUCCACCACAGACGGGGAUAUGAUAAUCGGGAACAUCUGGCGUUUUGGAAAAAGUACCUCGCAGGAUCCUGUACCAGUGCAUUAGAUCCGAUGAUGCUUGCUGGAUUCCCCGGACCACCGGAUAAAGACACUGUUCCACGUCAAGUCCGACGAGAAAUCCCCAAACCGAGCCUCUUGUCGGAGAUCACACUUGCCAAUCUCGUGAAGGCCGCGUUAUCUUGGAUCCUUUUCCGUAGCUCCAACCGGUCGGACAUUGUGCUUGGUCAGGUCGUCCACGGACGCGGCAGUUCCCUUCCGGGAAUCGACACGGUCUUCGGGCCCUGUGUCACAUUUUUGCCCAUUCGCAUUUUCAAUGAUCCGUCGUGGACUGUCGCAGAUCUUCUGCAACACGUGCAGACACAGCAGCUUGCGACUAUUCCCCAUGACUCUGUGUCACUUAUGGAUAUCGCGACGCAAUCUACAGAUUGGGGACAACAUGCCAAGUUUGGUGUUGUUGUACACCACCAAGGCCUUGGUGCGGAUGGUUGUCUGGAAAUCGAUGGUGUAGCAUCGUCGUCCAGCGCGGGAUGGGGAAUACCAAGAGCUAUCCCAGGGCAGGUGACGGUAACCUCACUAGAACAAGAAACAAGUCUGGACCUCAUUAUAGCUGGCCCUGUGGAUGCGUUGGAUGAGGAAAAAGCGGAGAGCUUUGCAGAUAAGCUGGCAGAGGCGAUUGGUUUGUUUUCCACUGGGUUGAAUUUGCCCCUGACUACAUUGGGGUUGGAAAAUGAAUCAACCUGA